AUGCGACAGCCGCUUUGGCACAACUUGCCCUUCACCAAACGGAACCUCCAGAUCCUAAAGGCAUUGGAAAGACAUUGUGGAUUGGGCAACGACACUCUCAUGGGAGGAAUUGAGCCCGGCACAGUUGAUUGUAGUGUGUCAAAGCCAAAAUCUCGCUUCAUCUCUCAGGUAAAUUGCCAGACUCUCACUACCAAUGUGGACGACAUCGAUCAGGCAAUAAAGGACCUCAAAAUGGUGUCGGCGAACUUCCGUAAGAAAGGAGUAGGCAAGCUGGUGUUGAUCGACAAGCCACUGCAAGAGAUGGAACCAGAGGAGGAAUCACAUGAUGCAACGAAGACCUUGUCCACUCCGCCGACGACGCCACCACCAACCACGUUCACCACCACGUUGCUCAUGCCGCCGUCCACCUGUCCUGCUGGUACAGCUCGGAAACUCACCCCAAUGCCACGCGACCUUCAUCCACCACAUCACACUAAACCGAUUCGCUACGCUCUUUUCGAACCAGUCAACUGGAUUUACGACAGCUGCUUGACUGACAAGGAAUUUGACGAGAAGGUAUGUUUUUACUCACUGCGGAAGAAUUUUUUCGCUUCGAUUGACUGGAAGAGUUAG